AUGUCCCAGCCCGUCGUGGAUGAUGUCCCCCAGCCUCAAGGAUCAUCACCAUCAAUAGCAUUGGCGACGUCUGAGGAUGCUCGCCAGAGGCGGAAAAUUGCCGAGUUAGAAGAGAAACUACAGGUGCUGGAGUCAGGGCAGGCGAUCAAGCGAAGGGAGACGAACUACUACAUUUCGAAGGGCAGGGCGAUUCAAUGCAUAGUUACAUUAUAUGAUGCCCUUGAAGAUCUCAUAGCUGAGAACGAUAGGCGAUGCGAUGACCAACAGUCGGAUGAAGAUUCACCAGUCCAUCCUCACAGUCAGGAGUGUUUGCAGUUUGGGUACAUCGCCCUUAGCAAUGCCCUCUCAUGGUUUCACUCAAGGGCUUCAGAGUUGGAGUACGACGAAUACUUGCAAAUGUUAAAAAAGCUUAGGCAGGGGGCUGAUGGCGCUCGGGGAGAUGACACCUCGAAGCUCAAGAGCCUCGUCGCUGACUGGGUUAAUCGAGAAUUGAAACCUCAUCCCCCCGUUGACACCGAUGACAAAAGCUGUCGCGGAUUCGUCAACGAUGCGUGUGGUAGGCUCCUUUGUCCAACCGAGCUGGACUGGAGCAAUCCAAUCGUCAGAGCAGGGAUCAGGGAUCAUGCAGGCGGGCAUGUCGUGACGGAAAUGUCCUGGCCAACAUUCAUGUAUGAAAAGUACACGGCCAAUCCGGACAAUCUAGAGGAGGGCCUCUUCAAGAGCAGUCCUUUAGUUCAGCCCUACAAGGCUAUAUUCACAUCUCCCUCCUCUGCUAAGGAGUUUGCCAAUGAGGGCGAUGGGGCUGAUAUUAUCGCCAAUAACCGACGCGCCAGCAAGGAUUUUCAUUCUGGUAAAAAAGUCAAGACGCACUUACGACUCGCCCUUUCUUCUGUGACCUCGUGGCGCUCUAUAGACGGUGACUUCGACUACAUCCCAUUUUGGCGAACCAUUGUAGACUUUUUCGAACGACCCCCUGGUCGUGCAGCGCAGCGAAAAGUUGAACAACUCCUGGCAUGGUGGACAAGGAAAGUUUUUGGAACGAGUCAUCGGGCGGAACUCAGUGAUGGGGCGAAGGCUAACAUGUCGGUGAAUGCACUAGCCAGGCAAAGAGCGCAACUAGAUGAUGCUGCUUUCGAUUCAGACUAA